GGGCGUGACGGGCUGGCUGGCUGAUUGAUCGCAUCGCAUCGCAUCGCAUCUCAUCACACCGCGCACGCACGCACACACUCCCUCACGACUCACCUCUUGUUGUCGUUGCCACGCCACGCCACGUCAUGGACGGCUCUACGGCUCUCCCUGCCGCUGGCUUGUCGACGAACACGGCAGUAGCAGCAGCAGCAGCAGCAGCAACAGGAGGCACGCCAAUGAAGACGGCCGACAGGGGAAGUGGUGGCAUCAGCAGCGGCGGCGGCGCAGGCAGCCUAGGCAGCGCUGCGCAGGAUGCAGCCCUCAAGAGCCACGUCCGGGCCAUGCUCACUGGCGCUUUGUGUCCCGACGUGCGCAUGACCGCCUUUGGCCGCGUCUACAGCCUCCACCGCGCCUUUCUCGUCCAGUCGUCAUUCUUUGCUGCCAUGCUCAACGGCGGCUUCCGCGAGGAGAACAUCAAGAUGGACAUCUUUGCGCACCGUGGUGGUGGUAGUGGCCGCCAUCGCGAUCGCGAUGGCGACGAGGGCGAUGAUGAGGAUGGGGAGGACAGCGGCUUCGAGGAUGGUCGAGGCGGCGGCGUGCGUGCUAGCGAUGACGACGACGACGGCGUCAUCCACCUGCGCUUCGACGACCCCAACAUCGCCCGGCCUGCGUUCGAGUACUGCGUCACGACCCUCUAUGGCUGCGCGCCCGAGCUCGUGCUGCCCGCCUGGGCGUCGCCCAAGCCAGACUCGCCCUUCACGGCGCACUUUGUCCACGGCGAGAACGGCGACCCUUCCUCGUCGUCAUCGUCGCUGGCCUCGUCGUCGCUCGCAGCAUCGUCGUCGCUAGCAGCAGCACCGUCGCUGCUCCCCAAUAGCAGCAGCACGGACCCGUCAGCGGUUACGACGCCCUGCCAUCCGGCCACACCGCGCUUCCUGCUCUCGCUCCUCGCCACGUCCAUCUACCUCGGUAUCCCUGCCGUCACGGCACGCGCAUACACCCUCGUCCUCUGCUCCCUCACGCCCUUUACCGUCGCUCACUACCUCGGCUUCUCGCUCGGCCACGGCAUCCAGGGCGCCAUCGCGGCCAGCCACGCGGCGAGGCGGCCCGACGCCCACCUUCCCGCGCUGCAGCAGCAGCAGCACGCUGACUGGGAGCUCAGUGGGCCUGUCUGGGGAUUUGAGUCUAUGGGUAAGCCCAUGGCUGCCUCGACGACGACGGCGACGGCGACGAAGGCCGCCAAUCCGCGUGACAAGAUCCACCAGCAGGCCAAGCGCCAGCGCCAGCGACAACGGCAGCAGACGCCCGACGACGAGGCGCUCACGGGCGUGCACCGGUUGUCGCUUCGCGAGUCUGGCGGCAGCACUAAGAACAUGAACAACAGCAAGAACAGCAGAGAAGUCAGCAAAGAAGACUUGGACGAAGAAGAAGAGGACGAGGACGAGGAAGAAGAAGGAUCUCAGGCCUCGGUGACGGGCGCCAAGCGGAGCAGCACGGCCGAGUCGCACAGCGAGCCCUUCUACGACGCCGCCAAGACGCCGGCCGAGUCGCACAGAGAGUCCUUCUACGAUGCCACCAGGGCCCCGCCGCCGCCGCCGCUAGACGACGGCGGUGCUGGCGGUGCACGCAGCAGCAGGCCGAGCCGCCGAGGAGCGCGCACGCAGCAGCGGCUGCCCAAGCCACGGUACCAGUACGGCCGCGUGUGCAACAAGAUCGGCGAGGCCUGCGCGUCCUGGCUCGCCCGCUGGGGCUCCGAUGUGCUCGCCGUCGAGGAGGACCUCGAGGAUGCCGUCGACGACCGCUUUCCCUCGACGAGCAAGAGUCAGAGCGGCACCACCGUGGCCGUGCCCCCCGUCCCCGAGCAGGUGCGGCCAUACAACCACGGCCACGUGCACCCGUCCUGGCUCACUGCUGCCCGUGUCAGUGCCAUUGCUGCGCCUCGGCCAGCCGUGUGGGCCCACCCGCGCCGUGGCGGCGUGCCUGCCGACUGGGUUCGCGCCCUCGUCGAGAGCGACAGCUUCUGGAUCCGCAGCGAGUGGGAGCGCUACAAGGUCGCCCGCCGCAUCGUCGAGCUCCGUCGUCGCACGCGGCCCACUGCUGCCAACGAGCCUGUUUCCCCACCACAGGCGGCGACACCAUCCCACCAGAAGAAGAAGGAGGGUCUUGCGCGUGGUGGCCAUGGUAGCAGCAGCAGCAGUGGCAGCAGCCAUGCCACGGCGCGCUUCGGCGACCCUGCUUUUGGACACAAGACCUUUGGCUUCACCACCAGCAGCCCGAGCAAGCUGCGCGCGAGCACGGCCAGCGAUGCGCUCUCGACGGCCCAUGCAGACGGCCGCGACGCAAAGCGGUCCAGCUCGCACAUCAAGACGCGCAACGACGACGACGAUGAUGAUGAUGAUCACCACGGGAUUGCCGGAGACAGUCAGCGGGCGACUGACGAUGACGACGGUGGCGACGAGGGCGAUGAUAACGGCUAUGACGAUAAUGACGACGACGAGUAUGGCAACGAUGACGACGAGUACGAAGACGAAGACGAGCUGGAGGACGAGGCGGCGCAGGAGGAGCACGACGAGGAGCAGUAUGCGCGCCUCUUUGCCGACGGCAUCUACUACACUCACAUGACCUUUCCCGAGCUCAAUGCCAUCUCCAAAGACGUCUCGCUCUCAACCGCCGCCACCUUUGCCCCGCUCCACGUCCUCCAGCGCGCCCUGUGGGUCCAGUCGGAGCUGCAGAACCACAUCACCAGUGGCGGCAGCCUCCUGUCGCCCCCGGGACGCACCCGGCUUGGGCUCGGUGCCAGGGCCGACGACGGCAGCGGCAGCGGCAGCGGCGCCCCGCCCAGCGACAGUGACUUUAUGGAUGCUAGCGAUGACAACAUCGACGGCGGCGGCGGCGGUCUGGAUCAGGCCGGCGACGGUGGUGGCGAGGGAGGUGCAAGCGCAGCCGCAGCCGCCGCAAGGGCCGACGAGGGCGCCGUCGCAGGCAACCUCGGCAUCGCCAGCUCCAACCGCGAGUUUGCCAAGGCCUACGAGGCCAUGCUCAGCAGCCAGGCCUCGUCGCUGGCCCCUUCGCUGGCCCCCUCGCCCGCAGCACACCGCAGCAGCAACAGCAACGGCAACAGCAGGUCGCUCCUCGCCUCCACCGUCGACACCACCCUCGGCGGCAUUGGCACCAGCCCGCUCCAGCUUGGGUCUGCCGGCGGCAUCGAGGGCCUCCUCGCCAAGCGCUUCUUCCCCGUCUGCAUCGACGACACCAUCCGCGUCGGCGAUAGCCUCUCGUCGCUCGCCUCGUCUUCCCUCGUCAAUGCCACCGCCAUCGCUGCCGCUGCGGCCGCCGCUGCUGCUGCACAGAGGCACGACCUCGGCGGCGACCCAUCCAGGCCGAGUGGACUUGCCGUCGUGCGCGACGCCCAGACGCUCGUCCUGCCCGUCGACCAGGUCGCUGCGCCCGCGCUGGCAAAGGAGACGACGAAGCGGACGCCGGCCAACUACUUUGGCCUCUCCAACCCUGUCCGCAUCGGCCGAGAGCUGGCCGAAGAGGCCCUCGAGCCGAGCCGCGACGCCGACACGGACGAGGACCGCUCCUCGCUCGGUGCCUCGCACCUCGAGGGCGACGACGAGGGCGACGGCCGCACCAGCAGCGACGCCCGCCUCGGCAAGAUGAUGGCCUUUCGCCAGUGGACCGGCUACGAGCCCAUGCGCAUCGGCGUCGAGUUCUACGGCGUCGACCGCCUGGCCGAGAAGCAGCGCCUCUAUUCGCCCACCUUUUUCUACGCCGGCUCGAUUUGGAAUUUGUACGUGCAGACGGUGCGCAAGCCCAAGGGUCUCCAGCUGGGCAUCUACCUCCACCGUCAGAAUCCAAAGGACGCGCUGCCCCUGGCCAGCACGCCUCCCAACCCGACGAGUGCCAGCAGCGGCGGCGCUACCGAGCAUACUGACGGUGCGCUGUCGCCCGAGUCGGCUGGAGCCGCAGCGGCGACGCCCAGCACACCUAGUCGAGCGGCAAAUGGCAGUGGUAGUGGCCUGUUUUACGAUCCAUCGAUCUCGUCGCCCUUUGCUCGCUCCCCGGCAGGCAAUGCCGCCAAGCAAGCCUCGUCGGUCUUUGGCACGCCAGCCCAGAGCUCCGCAUCCAUCUACGGCCUCUCUGCCCUCUCGCCGCACCGGCCCGUCGAGGACCAGGUGCCGUACCUGGACCAGCGCAAGGUGCUGCGCGCCUUUUUCUCCAUCCACUGCCCCAGCCCACUGGGCGAGAGCAUCACCUGCUUCAGCUCCCAGCCCGACCAUUUCACCGUGAGCCAGAGCUGGGGGUGGAAGAGCAGCAGCCUGCUGGGCACCACGUGGCUCAGUCGCAACAGCCUCGGAAGCGCCGCGACGGGCAACGCCGAGCGCUUCCGGUGCAUCUGCACCAUUGGCCUCGUGUGACCGUGUCUCCCCUCUCUCUCUCUUAUAAAAGUGUGAUGUUCCCACUCAAGUCUUUCAAUCACUCAUAUCGGUCCCUCAAUCAGUCAAUCGAAUCAAAUCAGUC